AUGAACACUUUGCCUAAAUUACUCUACACUCUUCAGGUGCUGCCAAUACAGAUUAUGGACUCUUGGUUCAGAUCCAUUCAGCUCCUUAUACGACAGUUCGAAUGGAAAAAUGAAUUUAUAAAUUGGGACCCAGAAUCAUAUUGUUCUAUUAAGAGCGUGUUUCUGACAGGUGAUAACUUUUGGAAACCAGACCUGUAUAUCAACGAGAUGACUGAUAACAACAAUAAGCCACCUGUUAUUGCUUACUACAAUCUUGAUUCCACUGGAGAAGUCAUAUAUUCAGUACCAAUGCAAAUUGUUAGUUCCUGUGCACUAAACAUCUUCAUGUUCCCUUUUGACACCCAAACAUGCAAACUGACUUUUGGUUCAUAUAACUACCCAGCUUCAGAUAUUAUCAUGUUUUCAAGAGCCGAUUCAUGGCAGGUGUUCGAUAAUACCCUAGAAUUUUAUGUCACAAAGGGAGAUUGGUCCCUGUUAAAUAUGGUAGUGGUGAAUGAUUCUACAACCAUUGGAGGAAAAGUUUACAGCACAGUUCACUUUGAGGGAUCUUUACUGUGUACCCAGUGUUCUCUGCCUUCACAGGCCAGUGCUAUGCAUGAACCUGAGUGGAACUCGUCUGACUCUGAGACUAACUUACUGGAGUUGGAUGAGGCAGAGCUGGAGGUGGACGAGGAUAAUUCCCUGUCCCCUGGAGUUGAUGCCCUAAUUUAUGCCAUUAGGGAGGUCCUUAACAUACAAGAUAAGGAGGCAGAACCAGAAAAUUAA